CUUUUGGUCUCGACCGUGAGACCUGUUGAGAUUGUGAAUUGGAACAAAACACGACACGCAGCACACCUCGCCGAGAGUCUAUAUGUUCGGGGGCCAGCCAGCCCUCAUUCGCCAUGUCGCCGCCAUAUAACAGGACAACCAAACGAGAAGAGCCCCAUCAUCCCGCGUUUCCGUCCGCGUCGUCGAGAGAGCACAGUCCGAAAGUCACCAGCCUCAACCUGCCCGCACCGGUAGCAGGUGGUCGGUCGCGGCGGCAAUCAUGACCAUUCCUGUAGUGCGGAAGAGAGCGAAGAAGCCCAAGACUCGAACGGGCUGUCGCACCUGUCGAGCCCGCCACAUCAAGUGCGAUGAAGCCAGACCCGCGUGCCGCAGGUGUGUGGCGUCGAACCGCGAAUGUGCUGGCUAUGAUGUUGUACGGCCUUCAGCCACAGCUGGCAACCAAUGCUCUUUGCUGCUCCCCAAAGGAGGCAUGGAAGUGGAACUGGCUACUGCUUCUUCUUCACAGCCACCACUGCAAGCACUACCGCUACUGCAUCCGCACCAUCCAAUGACAAAGCCGGCUACAUUUUUCACGCCCAUGAGCACAUAUGAAGCUCACGCGUACGAUUUCUUUAGAACUAAGACUAUUCAUCAAUUGCCUGGCAGUUCAUGGACGAUGAAUUGGGAGCGUUUGGCGCUGCAGGCGGGACAUUAUGAGCCGGCUAUCACGCAUGCGGCUAUUGCGUUGGGGUCGAUACAUCGUGCGGUUUCUGCUGCUUCGCCUGGAUCGUCGUCGCCGCCGACAGGGUCGCCUGGUGCGAUGACUGAUCAUGUUGUCGAUCGGGAUCAGCGCUUCUUUGCUUUGUGUCAGUAUAACAAGGCAUUGGGUCUGAUUCGGAGAUAUAUUGAAGCUUUGGGCAAUGGUGGGACGAAUCGCGAUGUUGAGGUCGUGUUGCUGGUUUCGUUGCUGUUCUUCUGCUUCGAGAUUCUCGUCAAUGAAGAUGAUCGUGCAACACUGCAUCUUCGAACGGGACUGCGCAUAUUGUACGAAAAGGUGCGGAAGUUGGACGAGUAUCGCAGCCCGGCGAGGGAGGUCGAUGUCGAAGGACAAGAGAAACGAGUUGUGAGAAUACAAACAAGACCGCGGACGAAUCUGGAUGUUCUUUUGCAAACUUUUGUGCGACUUGACGGCGACUUGACGAUCGUCGGUGAUGAGGAACCAUAUCUCUUUCCCGUCUGCCACGAAAAGAUCCCGAGCUCAUUCUUUUGUUUGGAGGAAGCGAUGGUGCAUCUUGACGCGAUUGCGACAGCGGCUCAUGGUGUUUGCAGAGACAUUGUCAUGUUGGCUGACAGAGAACUUGUCAUGAAUCGACCUGAGGUCGACAUCCUGGACGAGGACAUGCGCAAUUGCUUGGCGUGUGCAUACUCUCGCACAAUAUCUUUACCCAAGGAGCACCAACUGCGAUUGGACAAGAUCAAAAGUGAUGUGAACGCAUGGAUGGCUGCGCUUGCUUGUUGGUCUGUUACAGAUGAUAAAGAGCCCGCGCUUUUACUAACACAGAUCAACUUCUUCUAUACCUGGUUCUUGGUGAUGAGCUGGCGAGACGAGAAUGAGAUGCUGAUUGAUCGCUUUGACAGCCAAUUUGAACACAUCUUGGCAUUGAUCGAACAAUACAUCCACGCUCAUGGAGGCUUCGUUGGACAGGAAGAUAUGGUGCUCCAGGCAGAGCAUUUUCCUACAACUCGUCAAGCUUUCACAGUUGGCACUGAUGUCGUUCCAUGCAUCGGAAUGAUCGCAUACAAAUCGCGAAACUCUCGCACAAGACGAAAAGGCCUACGACUCCUACGAGCAAUCAACCUCGCAGGCGUGUUCGACGCACACUAUCUCGCAGCCUUCGGCCAAGCAGUCUGUGAUCUUGAAGAAGAACACGCCCGAGCCAUAAACAACAUCCCCGAAGGCGUCGAUCUCGAAUGCCACCAAGUACCCGAAGAGGCACGUCUAGUAGAAAUCGAACUCGGCGUAACAGAACCUUGCGAAAUGCGAAGCUCAUUCUACAAAGACGACACAGGUCGUCUCAUAUACGCUUACUACAAAGAUCUGGAAACGCGGGAACUGGCAGUCGCCGCCAAACCAUUCAUUGUCAAUCGAUCUCCGAAUUCACAAGGGCCGUUGUAUGCUUGGACAGAUCUACCACCGGGCACGCGUGUGCGAACAUUUGGUCGGGCGCGACUUGAGGCUGUUAUGAGCGAUGACCAUAUUUCUGACUGUUAUGCCGUUCCCGAAACGACUCCACCGGAAUGGGAGCCGCCCAUGCAGUGGGUAGACUGUGAUUUUCCCCUUCCGGAGAAGAAGAUUCCAGUCAUGGAAGACGGAUUGCAUGGCAGAGGGCCGAGCAUACCUGGUUAUCGGAUCCCACGCGAAGGUAGCAGUGGCUCAUCAACGCCUUUGAGUUAUCAUCAGAUGCAUUCGACGAUGCAGAAGCCCGUACAAGUUGGAUACGAGUAAGCUUUUGUCUUCCACGAGUCUGAUUAUGGCUCUGAUGGUGCGGGCGAAGUAGGACCAAACCCGCAGUGAAAGAAGUCAAGUAUACAAGCGAAGGAUCAGCGGAAAAUUGCAAAGUCUCGCCCACGAUUCAGCGGGUGAGAGGAAUCAGGACCAGUUCACCUCAGCAGGGCGAAGAUGCCGAGCACAAACCUUUGGAGCAUGUUGCUGGCAGGUACGCGAACCUGCCUUCGCUGAUCCGAGUCAGACGUGGGAGGCCGGAUGCUUCGCUGCCGAUCCCAAGGAGAGGGAAACCUCGCUGAUUGUGAGGCAUAGGGCGUCGUCCGACGAACUGAUGAAUGUCGCGGGACCGAUCAAGGGUCGGGGCUUGGGACGGCAGUAAUGAGAGCUGAGCUGGUUGCCAUGCGGAUCCCGGAAGAUUAGCUGGAGGAGGAACAGACUUGAAUUCGACAACAUCGAAGGAGGGCAUGCCGAACCUCAGAGUUGAGGUACUCUCGUGAGGCAUCUAAACUCAAAUAUCGGAGCGGGCGAAGUGAGGUGAAGCAAAUCACUAUUGAGAAGGAAAGUGCUGGGAAGAGGAAGGCGAGGCCAGAGAAGUGUUUUGAGCAAACGGCUUGAUACUCUCGUUGAGGCUAUCCCAGCUGGUACGCGAGACGAGACCUGGCAAAAGUGAGGGAAAGGGCAUGCAGUGCCAGAAAUUCCGUGUAGUCGCCCAGCGGCGUCUGGCGGAUGAUGGCGAGUUUUCGAACUUACUGUACAUAUACUUAGCAUUCGCGGAGGUAUGAUCAGUAGCCCUACUGAGUCGAGGUAAUAUCCGAUCAAUCACAUGGCGGCCUACUACUCUUUUGCACAGAUCGUUUGUCGUGGCCGGGACAGGUCGUGCAUCUGCGGCUUGGCGGCACAGAGCAUGAGUUUGUCCGGUUCUACCGUCACCAACCCCAGCCUCAAAUCGCUUGGUCUGCAGCAAUACGGAAUACGAAUCGAGAAUGGCAGAAAUGUUAACGUGUUUGAUAAGCAUGUGAAUCAGAUAGGCAUGUGAAUCAACUUUACGAGGUGGAUAACUUUGAUUCUUGAUAUC